GAGAGAUACAAGAAAUGGCAUCUUUCAACAAACUAAAAAACAUGCUAAUGCUGGCAUUUGACUGGAUUCUGUACAGUGCUGGUGCUGCAGAUACCUGCCAAGUCACUGUAACACAGCCCAGGUUUCAGGAAGCUGACCACUCCAUGCACACUGUAUUCCUAACAUGUGCUUUUUCUGCCUCUGGGUGCUCCUCGUCCACACCAGAAGUUCUAUGGUUUCGGUUUCUAACCAAUCACCAUGAGGAUUUGUGUACUCCUGGAUGCACAGAUCAUCAGAAGUACAAAGUACAUUUACUGUCAGAAAAUAGCAUUUCACUUCAGAUCAAUGAUCUCACUGCAAAUGACACUGCUAUUUAUAUCUGUGGAAUAGCAUUUUCAGAUUCAAGUUCACCCCGUUCUAAACAAACAGGAGAUGGAACAGUGCUAACAAAAACAGGAUCAGAGAAGAAGCACAGCAAUGGAAAUCUCAUCUUCAUCUUCAUGAUCAUCACCUCAACCUUACUAUUUCUAUACAGCACUACUGUAUUCACGUUUGUAGUCUACAAGUUAAAAUCAGAGUGGCUACAGAAAAGCAGGAACGAAGACCCAAGCACAGAGAACUCUAAAAUCAAUAGUAAACGAAAAAUUUUUCAAGCAAUUGCCCAAGAACUUCAAAAGCAGAGGUUCACUGAGCACUGUGGACAGCCUGAUGUUUUGAGUGAUGACACUGUUUAUCAGAACAGAUGAGCAUGUGCAGCAGUUCAGAUUUGCUGACUACUUCUCAUGGAAGCAAAGGGGCAGAUGAAGAGUUAAGCUUCUUUACAGACUUCCUGUGCUUUAAAAAGAGAUGAGAAGACCUUACAGGGCUGUUCUUCAAGAGUAUUUUCUAAACAGAUCACCAAAACCAAAUGCAUUGUACAUUAAACCCAUGUUACAUAUUAGUUCCAUUUUCCAUUCAGCAAGAACCAUGGGAAAUUACUUUAUCUUUGAUAACUGCUAAUGCUUCAUAAAAUUAUUCUUUUUCCGUUUAGAUUUAAUUCUUCGGUUUUUUCCUUUUUACAUAAAUUUACAUGUAUUCCUUUUAUAUAAACAUUUGUGAAAGAUGCCUGAAA